UCUAUUCAUGUCAUUGUGCCGCUGGCUAUACAAGUAGAAGCAUUCCUUCAACGCUGGUGUGUUCAUUCGUUAUUUGUUCUCUGUUCGGUUUCAUUUUAUUGUUUUAUUCGUUUCGGAUCACUAAAUUCACAAUGCUCCGACUGUACGACGGACAAAAAAUUCCGGUCAUUGGCAUGGGAACACUAAAUAUCAUCGGCAAGGCCAAGAUCCCCCAUUUUAAGGAGGCUAUCGACAUCGGUUAUCGCAUGUUCGACACGGCUCAUAUCUACCACAAUGAGACGAACCUGGGCACAGCCAUUCGGGAGUCGAUUGCCGAAGGCAAGGUAUCGCGGGAAGAUUUGUACAUUGUUUCAAAACUUGGACCCCAAUUUCACCAGCCGGAUCUGGUGGAGAAAGGAUGCCGUAUCUCGCUGGAACGGUUGGGUUUGGAUUAUAUCGAUUUGUAUCUGCUGAAUUCACCCGUGGCUUUCGUACACCAGAGCGAUCAGUACACCUUCCCUCCGACCCCACAGCAAAACCGGCCAGAGUUUGAUGAUGAGCUAACGCCGACGAGAACGUGGCGGGCCUUGGAGAUGUGCAAACGGAAAGGACUAGCUCGGGCCCUCGGUGUUAGUAAUUUCAACGAGGAGCAAUUGUGUGAAAUUCUGGAUGACUGUGAAGUGAAACCAGCGGUAAACCAAGUCGAGUGCUCCGUCGGCUUCAGACAGGAUAAAUUGCGAAAAUUCUGUACGGAUAAUGGAAUUCUAGUAAUGGCCCACAGUCCACUGGGGAAUCCACGCAGUUGUCCACCAGAAUGCACCCCAUUUUUGCGAUCACCCGUGUUGACCUCGGUAGCGAGCAUAUGCAGGAGAACUACCGCUCAAGUUGCUAUUCGAUAUCUGAUGGAGAAAGGAACUAUUCCAAUACCCAAAUCUACAAACAGAUUCAGAAUGGCGGAAAAUUUGAACGUAUUCGAUUUCGAUAUCGCCGAAAUCGACAUGAAUUCGUUGGAUGAAAAUAUAGAGCAACGUCGAACUGCAUCACUUAACUGGAUGAGGGGUUCUGUUAAUUGUCCGUUCGAAUUGAAUUGUUGAGCAUUGAUCAAAUAGUACUGAUAGAAAAUUAAAAUCAAUUCAUUUUUU